CGAGCACGCCCACGCCGGCGUCGAGCCUCACGCGGGCUUCACACCCAGUUACACCUCUGACACUCUCUCGCAGUUUAGCUGCGAGGGCCGAACAGUGCGAGGGCCGAACAGAAUGUCUGUGAGACGGAUAGGAGGCAAGCACGCCCUUCCACCAAAUCCGACAUGGGUCGAGAUCCCCCGGUCGGACGGCGAUUCGAGCUUAUGGCCCAAGAACACGGAGAAGAAAGUCGUAAGCGGCGAGGUCAACUUCAUGCAUCCUGUCACCCUUGAUGAGAGCCUGUCUGUCCACUGGCGCAAAGAGUUGGGUCCGCGCGUUGCGGCGGCGCUGGGCCUGCCCUCAGGACCGACAUAUGUGUUGAAAGAAUGGCCAGCGGAGUAUCGCAUGUUUGAUCAUCAUAAGGGCCCGGAGAAGAACCCCAGACACGACGCAUACUUGCACGGCUCUAAAAACGUCGGUAGAUUUAGGUCUGUAAACGAAUUCGUGCCUCAUGCUGAGUGGCUUUGCCGCGAUCCUACGAUGGACCGCGCGAACUGCGUAUGCAAAUACUGCACGAAGAGGCCUCAGAAGGAGAUCUCGUACGGUCUGGGACUAAGCGUCCAUCGUGGCUCUGCAUCAGCAGCAUCUCAGCCCACGCAGCGUCCUCGCAGAGCCCCGCCGCCUAAGCCUCCACAUACUAGUGUUCGAAAGCUGUCAAAACCAUACGAAAAGCCGCUGCCAGGACCGAAGCAGGCUCUCUCGAACGAGAAGGACAACGAUAUUAGGGAUUGCCUAACAAAACGCGAGAUCCAGGGCAUACGUUAUUGCCGCGAUAUGGAGCUCGUAUGGUGUGCGUUGACCACCGCUAUCCGUUGCUCCGACAACGAAGAUGAGAACAUCGAGUACUGGCCAGGAGUCAUUGAGGACUUUCGAACGAAAGCCGAGGCCAUUCCUCUCGAGUCGCCCAUUCAGGACGUUCCUGACACGGUGCAACGGGCCCCAGAUGACGCUCCCAGGCCAAAAAUAUCCUGGAAGCCUCAGCAGAGACGAAGGUACCGAAUACGGCUACUUGCAACAGAGCACGUUCACACGCUGUCCGACGACGACGUACUCCCCUAUCUCGCAUACGCUCCUCCCGAUCCACAGGUCUCGAAGAUACAGCAGCUACUUCCAGAGGCACUGGUGACGCCUGCAGCAGAGGAGCUCGCGAAUAUCCCGGAGAAGAUGUCGCAGUUCGACCCUGUUGCAGCUGACACGCAGCCCGGCUACUCUUCAGGGUACUCUCGGUGGAAGGAGGCGAUUGUGCCCUACUCUCUGGCUCUUCAAAUGGCUUCGUACAUGUCGACUUUCUGGACGCCAACCGACGAGUGGGAUUGCAAAUUCACCAUCAACGUUCCCGCCCACUCUCAGUUUCCUUCAGAUUACGUCCCAUCCAUUAACGAUAUUAUGAACGGUCAUGCCAAUGGAACCCUCGAUACUGUCCCGAAGGUCGUUACGCAGCUGAGAUACCAGGGCUUGUGGUGGGGUGCGGAACGUAUCUGGACUGAAGAGCUCGUCCGACUCAAGCUCUCGCGGCGUCAGUUCGUUCCGCAGGGCUCGGACGUGGUUUAUCCUCCGGCAAGCCCUUCGAAAGGCACUGUCGAGUGGAACAAGGAACAAGGCUUUCAAGUCGACAGCGAGCUGCAUGGCUCGGCCGAUAAGGGUCUGUUCAUGAAGAUCGACGGUUUGUUUGUCGUGGAGGUCGACAAUAAGGACGGGUCGGCGCAGAAGGUAAAGGAGUGCAGAGCAAGCGGGAUGAUAUACGAGCUAGUGGACCACGAUUGGGAGCCACCGAACAAGGGCAAGGAGCGCGCGACCGAUCAAAGUGUGCCUACAUCCGAGCCGCAAUCGCAAGCCACGCCAAACGUAGCAUCUCCCGGAAGUGUCUCUGCGCCAUCGACGCCUAUUACGAAGCCCCGCCCUAUUCUCACCGCGACAUAUCCUCUCCCCGACCCGCCCAUGGGGUACAAAUUCAAUCCCAUCCUCCCUCCAGGACAUGAGGUCGUCCUCUCUCUUUCGCUCAUUAGCGGACGUUACUAUCCACAUCUAUUCACUCAUCCGCGAAUGCUGUUGAUGCUGCAACGCGCGGCGGGAGUUUCCGUCGAAGAUGGCGGACUCUACAAGAGUAGGCACAUCUGGGCUAUGAAUGGCAUGCUUCCCGGGAUGCACCAGUCUAUGGACCCCGAGUAUUGGAAGGCCACUCGGGGUGACAUGGUCGCUGAAGCCGAUAGAGCAGCGCGAGUGCAAUUUAAGCUGACCCGAGAGCAGGACCAUGUUAUGCAGGACGCUUUCGUCCCUGAAUCCUCUCAGGCCAUUUCUGUGGCUGGUUCGUCCAUCUCCGCGCAAAUGUAGGCAGCUGUUUUGCGUUGUAUCUUCGCACUGUUCUUGUUCUAUCGCUUGUCUAGUUCACGGAAGAAAUGCUAAUUUU